AUUCGGGGAGCCCUGCUGGCAUCAUGCCGACCUCCCGGCCUGGUUCGGAGCCGGUGGAGUUCUGGGUGGACGGGUCGAGGCGGGACGGGACCGUGGAGGACUUCUACACCUUGGGCUCCGAACUGGGCAGAGGAGCGACAUCCAUUGUUUACCGCUGUGAGGAGAAACAGACCCAGAAACCCUUCGCAGUCAAAGUCCUCAAGAAAACAAUUGACAAGAAAAUCGUACGCACUGAAAUUGGUGUCCUGCUGCGUCUUUCUCAUCCAAACAUUAUCCAGCUGAAGGAGAUCUUUGAGACGGACACUGACAUCGCUCUGGUGUUGGAGCUGGUGACCGGGGGAGAGCUGUUUGACCGGAUUGUGGAGCGGGGAUACUACAGCGAAAGAGAUGCAGCCCAUGUCAUUAAACAGAUCCUCGAAGCUGUGGCGUAUUUGCACGGUAACGGGGUUGUCCAUCGCGACCUGAAACCAGAGAACCUGCUGUACGCCGACCUGUCGCUGGACGCGCCACUGAAGAUAGCCGACUUUGGUCUUUCCAAAAUCAUCGACGAUCAGGUCACCAUGAAGACCGUCUGUGGUACUCCGGGGUACUGCGCUCCAGAGAUCCUGCGGGGAAAUGCCUACGGCCCCGAGGUGGACAUGUGGUCAGUGGGCGUCAUCCUGUACAUCCUGCUGUGUGGGUUUGAGCCGUUCUUUGACCCAAGAGGCGAUCAGUACAUGUACAGCCGCAUCCUGAACUGCGACUAUGAGUUUGUGUCUCCAUGGUGGGACGAGGUCUCCCUCAAUGCCAAGGAUUUGGUCAGUAAGCUGAUUGUUCUUGACCCUCACAAGCGCCUCAGUGUCCUAGAGGCCCUGCAGCACCCCUGGGUUCUGGGAAAAGCGGCUCGUUUCUCCCACAUGGACACUACCCAGAGGAAACUGCAGGAGUUUAAUGCUAGACGCAAACUUAAGGCUGCCAUGAAGGCUGUUGUAGCCACCAGCAGAAUGCAUGAAGGAUCCCGACGUCGCACUGACAGCUGCGAGAUUCCAGGUUCAGGGACUCCAAGGCAGAGCAGCAUGCAACAAGACCCGCCUCCUGAGUCAUCAGGCCCCGCCCCCGAGGAAAAAGAGACCACACCCCCAGACCAGCAGGUACCCCAGAAAGAUGAACCUAAGCUUGCCGACCAGAGUCCUGCCAGCCCCUCCCCUCCGUGUAGCCCCAACCCCCCCAGCUCUGAUGGCCCGCCCACAGGCCCCGCCCUCAUCAGGCCCCCACUGCGUGCCGAUGGGCUCCGACAGGCUUCAGUCAUCCCCAAAUCCAUGCUUGUCCAACCCCGGCUGCCGCAGAAGAGCUGCUCUGUCAUCGAGUCAGUCCACGAAAAGGAGGCCACGUCCCCACUGGACUCACCUCCGAGUCCCAUUAACCUCAGCAACGGCUUCGCGCCGGGGCCAGAGCCAGGCACUAAGACCGCUCACUGCCAGUGAACGGUCAACAGAGUGGCUUCAGUGUCACAACAAAAACCCAACAGUUGCGCCUUCCAGUCGUUCUUUACAAACAUCCCAGUCUGCUGUCUGGGAACAAAAAAUGGACACAGGUUUGUGCAAAUUUAGGCAUCGCCUCAGCCUGAGUUUUACUUGACUGACUAGCUAAUCAGUCAACAGUUGAUCUCAUGCUGAUGGUUGGUUCGGCAGACUGAAAGAAGCCAAAAGAGCUAAUAGACAAUAAUGGCUGAACCCAUUUUCAGCACAAUGCCCAUUUAAAGAUAAAUAUGGAUGUUUGUGAAUCUAGUCUGGUGGAUCUCAGAAUGAAUGUAAAGCUGGAAAUGAGCAGAAAAAGGAGGUUAAGGCAUUUUUUUACCCGGAAACAUUUUAGUUUCUGCCUCGGAUUAGUGAUCUGGGAGAAAAUGUGCACUCCUGAAAAGGGUUUAAAGUAUAUUUUCUUGUAAAAAAGCAUUAUGGUCCAAACUAAUGUAAACACAGACAGCAGGCCUCCAGACCUGGUUGGCCAAAUGUUUCAUUUUUCUGGCUCUUCCUGUUAAAGUCCAGGGGAUCUUCAUCCCAUUUAGGAAUAAUUUCCACUAUGCUUAUUCUUCCAGAUGUUAUCUGAUUGUAAAGUUCUCUGGCUGCAGGACCAUGUGUAUGGAGAUGCUAACAAUCUGUGAUGCUUCACUUUGAUUAAGAGCUGUGGCCAUUUUGUGGUGUGAUGAAAGGCCACUUUCAGCUGGUUUUUAGUUUGCUGCCACUUUGCAGAGGCUGUUCAACAUUUCUAACUAAGCACUGACUGAAUUACACAUGUUUAUUGGUGAAAUAUUUACUCAUGAAUGUGUUCAGUAGAGAGCUGGAGCCAGAAAUACAGAGCAGAUCCUGUGGAUCCAUUUUGUAUUAAUUUUAUCUGGUUUAACUCAAACUUAAUGUAGGGUACCUUCACACAGGAUGAAGACCCCAUACCACAUAAAACCUGAAAAACUGGCCAGAACAUCAAUGGUCUUUACAGUGGAUGGUCUUUGCUUGAUAAAACAUGAGUUCCUCAAAUUCUUUGUGCAUGCAUCAAACUUCUGUAGCGAGGCCAUGUUGGAUUAUUAUCGUGGUGGUAGUGUAUCCUCUGUGUGGCUUGGUCAGUAAGAAUUUCAUGCAGGUAUUAGCUCAAAGUCAUCUUCUAGCUCCUCCCUGCAUCCUGACUUGGCCAUUUACAGUUUUGCCUGGUCGCAGUUGGGAGCAUGUUCACGUCCACGUUCCAAUAGUUUGUGAAGGGCAUACUAUGAUCUUCACUCAUUAUGAAGACACCAUAAGCUCUUGCUGACACACAGUGGUCAGUUCAGGUUUGAGGUGCUAAGAAAGCAUUAAUUCAGGGUUUAUGCAUAUUUACAAAAAUAAAUUAAAAAAUCUAAGAUUAUCAUAAAGAUCUUUCAGUUUAUUUUAUUCAAUCCAGUUUAUUAAUAUAGCGCCAAUUCACAACAUAUGUCGUCUCAAGGCACUU